AUGGCCUCAUUUCUGUCAGACAAAGCAGUCCAGAAAGCGGAUGUGAUUGCGGUUCAGGAACCCUGGAUCAACUCUCAAUCAACAACAACCCACUACCCAAACAAGGCCACCCACCAACUAGUCUUCCCGAAGGAGUUGGAAGGUGAACGAGCCAGGGUCUGUCUGUUCGUGUCGAAACGGAUCGAUCCAGGUUCCUGGUCAUGCAAGACGGUGUCGAAAGGAUACCAGCUGCUGAAACUGCGGAGGAACCAUCUAGAUGGGUGGACAGACCUCUUUAUGCAUAACAUAUAUAACAACGACGAUGGUGAAACGGUGGAAAAGCUCAAUAGAGAGCUUGCCCAGAGACCAUACGCAGAACAUAUCCUGAUCGGGGACAUGAACCUACACCACCCAACGUGGAGUGGAAUAGGUUCCAAAGCGAAAGCGACCGCAGCAGCAGAGAGACUUUUAGAUAUCGCGGGGAUUCAUAAUCUGUCACUGACGACAGAGACUGGAUCACCGACAUGGCGAAGAAACGAGCAGGCAUCGGUCCUAGAUCUCACCUUUGUCAGUAACACACUAGCAGAGAGGGUGGUUGAAUGCCAGGUCGGUACCGAUCAUGGGUCGGAUCACUACCCAGUAGUGACAACAAUCGACAUCGGUACCCCGCCAUACGAACCACCAAAGAGGAGAAACUGGAAGGCCACAGACGACAAGAAGCUGAUAGAAUUCAUCGAGCGACAACUCACCAACACCACCACCAACACGAAUAAUACCACCACCACCAAUACCACCACCAACCCCCAAAACCUCACAACAGCCGACGAUGUGGAGGCUGAGUGCCAAGCAUUCAUCCAAAUCAUCAACGACGCAGUCGAUAUCUCUACACCAUGGGCGAUCCCUUCGCAGUGGGCAAAUCCCAGCUUCACACCAGAGUGUCAGGAAGCAGUCAAAGAAGUUCGACAGCUCCGCCGUCGACACGAACGGACAGGGGACCCUUACGACAAAGAGCUAUACAAAGCAGCACGAAACCGGAAGACCCGGCUGAUCAAGAUCGCGCUCCGUCGAUACCACCGCCGUAAGGUACAGGAGGUUAUCGAGGAGGGUCCUGGCGGUAUGUGGAGGAUGAGCAAAUGGGCAAGAAAUCGGCAGGGGGCAUAUGACCAGGGGGUCACGCCGUCAAUCAAGAUACCAGGGGGACUAGCCGAGACAGUCGAAGAGAAAGCAGCUGCUUUCCAGCAAGCUUUCUUCCCAGUACCGCCACCGGCAGAUCUCUCUGACAUCGAUUCGAAGGUGAUCAACCAUGAUCCGACGGAGAUCAAUCGAGGGCCAAUCCGCUUCCCAGAGAUCACACACCAAGAGAUCAAACAGGCAGUCAAAGCAUCGCCACCAGACAAAGCGCCAGGAGAGGACGGCCUUCCGAACUCCCUAUGGCAUAAGCUUAUUGAGAUACCGACAGUACUCGACACCAUCUCUCGAAUUUACAACGCGUGCAUACGGCUUGGUACCAACCCAACACACUUCCAGAAAUCGAUUACAGUGGUACUACGUAAGGCUGGUAAGCGUGACUACCAGCUUGCGAAGUCAUACCGGCCAGUUGCGCUUCUUAAUACACUCGGCAAGUUCCUCGAGGCAGUGGUUGCCCGACGAAUUAGCUACGCAGUGGAAACAUACAAAUUGCUUCCGGAUACCCAUUUCGGCGGGAGGAAGGGAAUCUCAGUCGACCAUGCUAUCCAGUCGAUCAUCGGCCGGAUACGAAGAGCUUGGGGGAAAGGCAAGAUAGCAAGCAUGCUACUACUUGAUGUAUCCGGAGCGGGUCACCUCUCUCUCCAAUCCUUUACCUAA